AUGGAUUAAAACGUUGUAAGUUCUUUAGUUUGGGUUAAGAGAGGUUUUGCUAAGGCAAACCCUAUUGAAUUCGAAAUGAAUGAAUAAGAUGUUAAUGAAAUGAAAAAAGAUCCUUUGGUCAAAAAGAACGCUAAUAGGGAAUUAGGUAAGGAAAUUGAGGAUGAAAAUGAGUUUGAAGAUGUUGAUGAUGACGAUGAAGAAGAAAACUUGCCAGUAUUUGCUUAAGAAAUUGAAAUGCUUAAAAACGAAAACAUGGUCGACCAAGAUGGUAAUCCUCUAGGCUUUGAUGAAAUGUCUGAAGAAGAAAAAGAAGAUUUUUAAAUUAAGCCAAACGAUGCACUUAUUGUAGCUGCUAAAAUUGAAAAGGAAUUUUCAAGCUUAGAAGUUUAUGUUUAUGAAGAAGACAGAAACAACUUGUUUGUUCAUCACGAAAUUUAAUUGUCUGCUUUCCCUCUUUGCCUUGAAUGGUUGAGAGUUGAUCCUUCCUCAUUUGAUGCUUCAGUUUAAAAACCUGGAAAUUUUGCAAUCGUUGGAUCUUUCUUACCUGAAAUUGAAGUAUGGAAUCUCGAUGUUUUAAAUAUUAUUGAACCUACUUUUACUCUUGGUGGUGAAGUUUAAUAAAAUUCCAAGAAAGUUAAGAAGUUUAAAAAGCCUAAAUAACAAUUGAAGCCUGGCAGUCACGCAGAUGCAGUUUUAUCUCUUAACAUUAAUCCAUUCAGACAAAAUGUCUUAGCUUCAGGUUCUGCUGAUAAUACAGUUAAGAUUUGGGAUCUUGGCUAACAAAAGAACAUUUUUACAUACACUCAUCACACAAACAAAGUUCAAGUAGUUUCAUGGAAUAAACAAGAAGAAUCUAUUUUGUUAUCAGGAGGCUAUGACAGAAAAAUCUGCAUGUUCGAUGUCAAAAAUCCUUAAAAUAUAUUAAGUUGCAAAAUUUAAUCAGAUAUUGAAAGUGCCAUUUGGGAUCCUACUAAUUCUAAUUAAAUUAUUUUCUCAACUGAAGAUGGAUAUGUUUCUUGCAUUGAUGCUAGAAAGUUCAAUUUAGAUUACUUAUUCCACUUUUAGAGCCAUGAAAAAUCUACUACUAGUGUUAGUAUGAGUCCUAAAGUUGGAGGUAUGCUUGCCACCACUUCAAUUGAUCAUUCAGUUAAAAUUUGGGAUAUCACUCAAAUCACUAAUAAAAGACCUAAAUUAGUUUCAUAAAAAAAUCCUUCAGCAGGUAAAUUAUUCUGCGGAAGUUUCUAUGAAGAUUCUCCUUUCGUUUUUGGCUGUGGUAACUCCAAGGGUGAAAUUUUCAUUUGGGAUACUACUGAAGAUAAAAAUAUAGUUGAAUGCUUCGGAAGCAGAGUUGAAGCUAAAUACUAACCAAAUAUCAGUUUAUGUACUAAGGAUGGUGAAAAGAAUUACUUCACUAAAGAAGGAAGAGAUGAAGAUGAUGAUGAAGCAGACGAAAUGGAAUAAGAAAAUGAAGAUAUGGUUUGA